ACAUUUUCUGGCAUUGUUUACAUUCUGAAUAUCGUGUUUAUUUUUCAACUUGGCGAGCGAAUUUUACAAAUGCUUUAAUAAAAUAUAAAGUAGACAAAAAACAAUGGCAAAUCGCACCGUAAAAGAAGCCAAAAACAUCCAUGGCACCAAUCCCCAAUAUCUCAUUGAGAAAAUUAUUCGUUCCCGCAUCUACGACUCGAAAUAUUGGAAGGAACAAUGCUUUGCCCUUACCGCUGAAUUGCUGGUUGACAAAGCUAUGGAACUGCGCUACAUUGGCGGCGUGUACGGUGGCAACAUUAAACCCACACAAUUUCUAUGUCUUACACUGAAAAUGCUACAAAUCCAACCCGAAAAGGAUAUUGUCGUGGAAUUCAUAAAAAAUGAAGAGUUCAAGUAUGUCAGAGCGUUGGGAGCAUUUUAUCUACGUUUGACCGGCAGCUCAUUGGACUGUUACAAAUAUCUGGAGCCAUUGUACAUAGACAAUCGUAAGUUAAGGCGGCAAAAUCGUUUGGGCCAUUUUGAAAUUGUUUACAUGGAUGAAUUUAUUGAUGAACUGUUGCGGAGCGAUCGGGUGUGCGAUAUUAUAUUGCCGCGUCUGCAGAAGAGAGCUGUCCUAGAGGAGAAUAAUGAAUUGGAACCAAAGGUUUCACCACUAGAUGAGGAUUUGGAUGAAGACGUGAUAAGUGACGAGGAACCACCUGCAACCGAACAGGAAGUUAAACAAUCUUCUAGAAAAUCACGUAAGGAACGUUCAAAAUCUUUGUCAUCAUCUCCAGAACGCCGAGAAGCUGCCGGUACAAGUCAAAAUCGAUCCCGAGAUUAUAACGAUGGUGAUUAUCAAAGAGAUCGCGAUCGAAGGGAGCGUGAACGUAACAGGGAUCGUGAUUAUGAUCGGAGAGAUAGAGAUCGUUAUGAAGAACGUGAUAGGGAUCGUGAGAAGGAUAGAAGACGUGAUGACUAUGAUCGUAGAGAUGAUUAUGACAGGCGUGACGACUACGAUCGGCGAGAUGACUACGAUCGAAGGGACGAUUAUGAUCGUCGUGAAAGGAAUCGGCACGAUAGAGAUCGUGAUCGGCGGGAUCGUAGAUAUUAGUAAAUGUUAAAAUAAGACUUAACUUUUUUCAACAAAAAUGAAUGUUUUUUUAAAAAUAAAAA